AAAAAAGGGAUAGAAGAAAAUUUUCAGCUGCAAAAUUACCUUGAAUUUUAACAGGAACGCGAUGAUCAGUUCAGUAUUCUGAAAAAUAUUCGCCUUCAAUUCAUAGGAAGUAAUCAAAAUUGCCAAGAAGUUAUAAAACCGUGUUGAGCAUGGUUAACCUCGAAGGCUCCGAGAGAAUGAAGCUCAAGAAAAAAAUUCAUACAUUACAGUAUUUCAGUUUUAAAAAAACGCUGUAUAUUUUACAAAAUAGCGGAAACAAAUAUUACUUCUCGGUAUAAAUAGUCUGCACAGUUUUCUGGAACCUCACAGGUAUCUGAAAAUUAAGUUAUAAUCCAAAAAUAAUAAUAAUAAAUGGCGUACAGCAAAGGCGGUCUCAGUCGGCGCCAGGGAACCGUUUGCGUCGGUCGCGGGAGUCCUCCGGAAUCCCGACGUCGGCCACCACGUGUUUCAACGUGACGACGUCGUCGCCGCCGCCACCGCCGCCACCGUGGUUCCCGACGAACCUGGUUCUCCUCAAUGCCCAGUCCGACUCGGAUGAUCAGCGCAGUACGUCGUCGAAAAGCGACGGCGGGUCGACGCCAACUGGCGUCCCGAUGACGUCCCGAAGUGUCGUCAAGGAAGCAAUUAUCGGGUACACGGGUUAUGUCCCUGGACUUCCCUUCAAGUUUGGAGAAACUUACGGCAGGGCAAGCAGAGAAUGUCGCGAGAAGUUGGCCAUGUCCUUACGCACGGAAGGUUCAGAAACUGGUUGAAUUUUCCCAUUUUGAAGCAAGAUCCCGAUGGAAACGAAACCGAGCCAAAAUGAAGAAAUUCUAUAUUUGUUUUUGUUUCCUGGAGUUUGAAAAAUGUUAAAUGAUGACCGAAGAAAAAGAAAAUGGUGUUUCUUUGGCUGUUGCUGCUUUUCAACCGCAGGAUUCGCGAGAGAGAAAAAAGUCGAGAAUAUUUGCGUUUUUUUUUUUUUGGCGGAUGAUUGCAGCGAAGGUUUUUGAGUGCUUCAAUGGGAUUCUCUUGUCUUUGCCUAAUUCAGGUUUGUUCUACGCAUUCUCGGAAAGUUUGGCUGAUUGGGUGAUUUAUUUGGCUUUAUGAUUCCGAAGUUGCCGAGGAAAAAAGAUGUGUGAGGAAGAAUGCAUCGUUAAUCCUGGAGUGAUAACUGCAGGAAUUUUUACGA